GGAGCCGUUGUAAAGACAGCCUCCCAAACGUCUGUCCAUCUGUGUGAGUGAAGGAAAACAUAAACAAAGUUGAGGCCGCAACCAGGCAGUACACCACACUGCCAGCUUUUCAUUGUAUUCACUACGCACACCAAGCCCAGACACACGUCAGGCAGCUCAACACAACACUAGGUGGGCGCCAGUACCGGCAGGGCAGAGGAGGUGGCCAGGCAGGACACGAGUAUUAUCUUGCCUGCAGGCGCCGGUAAGAAGCACGCCACCAGAUAAGCCAGUCUGUUCACGUUGCCUUAAAGGAGUCCACGAAGACUGUGUUCCUCAGUACUGCUCCUGUAGUGUGUUCCUGCCCCACGUUGGCUGAGAAAGGAGCAGCGUCACAAUGGCUGAGAAAGAGUUCAAGCUGGAGCAAGACUGUGAGCUCCGUUUUGAAGUGGAGACUAAGAAGGAAACAGUUGAUCUCAAGCUGAUCAGUGGAAAGGCAGAAAUGUUUGGCACUGAAUUGGCACCAGACAAGCCAUACACCUUCUAUCCUGGGGCCAAGGUUGCUGUCUAUACCUGGCAUGGAUGCACUCUCAAGCUCACAGGGAACACAGAGGGCACAUAUAUUGCUAAGGAGACACCCAUGGUGAUGUACCUGAAUACCCAUGCCUGCCUGGAGCGGCUGAGGAAACACGCCGAUGAGGGCCUGAGUCGAGGCGAGAAAACCCGUGGCCCCGUCACCAUGGUGGUGGGCCCUGGUGCUGUCGGCAAGUCAACUCUGUGCCGCAUUCUGCUUAACUAUGGUGUGCGGAUGGGCAGACGGCCCAUCUUUGUGGACCUGGAUGUGGGCCAGGGGGCCAUCUCCAUUCCUGGCACCAUAGGGGCACUCUUGGUGGAACGGGCAGCCUCUGUGGGUGAAGGCUUUUCCCAGGAGGCCCCUCUGGUGUACACCUUUGGCCACCUCACACCAGCCAGCAACCCCACACUCUACAACAUCCUGGUGUCACGCAUGGCAUCCACGAUCCAGGAAAAGAUGGCCCGCAACAGGAAAGUGGCAGCAUCAGGAGUGGUGAUCAACACAUGUGGGUGGGUGAAGGACGAGGGUUACAAGAGCCUGACUCACGUGGCGCAGGCGUUUGAGGUGGACGUGAUCAUUGUGCUGGACCAGGAGCGUCUGUACAAUGAACUGGUGCGGGACAUUCCCUUCAUCAAGGUGGUCUUCCUUCCCAAGAGUGGUGGGGUUGUGGAAGGCACCCAAGCCAUGCGAGCUGCUGCCCGCGACGACCGCAUCCGUGAGUACUACUAUGGCCUGCACACCAAGUACCACCCGCACAGCUUUGAGGUCAAGAUGUCGCACUUCCAGAUAUACAAGAUUGGAGCGCCAGCUUUGCCUGACUCUUGUAUGCCAGCAGACAUGAAGGUGGAUGACCACAUGACAAAGCUGGUCCCAGUAGAGCCAGGUGUGAAACUGAAGCACCACAUCCUUGCCGUCAGUCUGGCCAAUGAGCCUGAAGACCUGCUCACCGCCAAUGUGGCUGGCUUCAUCUGUGUGCUGGAUGUUGAUGAAGAGACCAAGAUGGUGAAGGUGCUUUCUCCUCAGCCCAAACCACUGCCCAAAAAAUUGUACAUAUUAACUGAUAUUCAAUUUAUGGAUUCUUCAUAGAGAAAUUGUAAAAGUAUACAUCCAAAUAAUGUAACUUUCGUAAGUGAUGUUCUAGAUUAUUUUAUAAUUUUCUCAUAAGAAUGUUAGUUUUUAUAAUAAAUUUAUAAUGAUAACUCACUUGAUUAAAAAAAAAAAAAAACUAUUAUUUAUGUUUAU